CUGUCACCUCCCCUCCGUCGAGCUGUCAGUUCACAGUCAGCACACACGAGCCUCAAGGCUGCAAACGGAGUUAACCACACGUUGAUUUUAAAUAACUGUCCCCCUGCGUUUUAAUUCGAACUGAGGCAAGAACAUGAAAGGAUACAGCCCUGUUAUCUCUACGGACUGACACAAACGUGCAAGAGGAGGGCUGGCGGAGCCGCUGGCUAGCUGUGAGCUGCUAUCUAAUGUUAAUAGUUAGCUUGCAAGCUAACGGUAGCUAGCUGGUGAGCGGAGUCUGUUUGUGCCGUCUGUUGGUUAGCGAAGGUCGGAGGGACUAACGUUAGCUGGUAGUCAGGAGCGUUUAGUUAGCCAUUCAGCAUCAUUAAUAUGUCAUUUUAAUAGUUUGUUUUAAGGCUGCGUGAUAAAGUGUGUUUAAUUCGUCACUGGGCUUCCGUUUGUUCCUGUCUUUUACGUUAAUUCAUUUUACGAAAUUUAACGUUACCGUUGAUGAUUGCUAGCUAGCAAGCUACUCGGCUAUGCUAGCGCCAGCUCAGUGAGACCUCAGUGCGGAGAGCUCCAGACUAGUCAAGGAAGGAAGAGAGGUGACUUAUGAUGUGGGCUGGGGCAAGCGGCGGACUGUUAGGCGAAUGAGAGCAGCAGUAUUAGCUUUAACACCGUAUUUUCCUUAAUUUUAGUCAUUGUCGAGGGAACGUUAGGACCAUAGCGUCAGUCAAGCUGUGUGGGACGUCGGAUGAAGAAAAUAAUAGGAGUACUUUGAUUUGCGGUCUGGCUAAAUGAAUAGUGUUGUUAUUACUAAGUCGUGAGCUGGUGGCCACUGUGCCACCUUCAAGGGAAGACACUCUGUCAAGAUUAUCGCAAAUACUGCAAUAACCAGCCAGUUUGCUUAAAGAUGGCUUCGGCGAGCAGCAUAGCCGCAGCUAUUGCGAGCAAAACGAAGACCAAGAAAAAACACUUCGUUGCCCAGAAAGUGAAGCUCUUCCGUGCCAGCGACCCUCUGCUUAGCGUGCUUAUGUGGGGAGUCAACCAUUCGAUAAAUGAGUUAAGCCAUGUUCAGAUUCCCAUCAUGCUCAUGCCAGAUGACUUCAAGGCCUAUUCUAAGAUCAAAGUGGACAACCACCUCUUCAAUAAGGAGAACAUGCCUAGCCAUUUCAAGUUCAAGGAGUACUGCCCUCUGGUGUUUCGAAACCUCAGAGAGAGGUUUGGCAUCGAUGAUCAGGACUUCUUGAACUCUCUGACACGCAGUGCUCCCAUGAACAGUGAGGCCCAGGGACGGAGCGGGGCCCGCUUCCAUACCUCUUACGACAAACGCUACGUAGUCAAGACCAUCAGCAGCGAGGAUGUGGCUGAGAUGCAUAACAUUCUAAAGAAAUACCAUCAGUUCAUCGUGGAGUGCCAUGGCAACACGCUGCUGCCUCAGUUUCUGGGGAUUUACCGACUCACCGUGGAUGGAGAUGAGACCUACAUGAUUGUUACACGCAAUGUCUUCUCUCACCGCCUUUCCGUCUACAAAAAAUAUGAUCUGAAGGGUUCCACUGUGGCAAGAGAGGCUAGUGACAAGGAGAAGCAGCCGCCCCCACCAGAGGAUGUGCCCCCGCGGCCCAAAUCUGGUAAUGUUCAGCAAAGGCUGCAAACACUGCGGAUUGCCACGCGCUUUUACUGCGCCAUGAAACACGUAAGAGAUGCCAAGGAGCUGCCCACCUACAAGGACAAUGACUUCAUCAAUGAUGGGCAGAAGAUCUACAUUGACGGGGAGAACAAGAAGAUGUUCCUGGAGAAGCUCAGGAAAGAUGUGGAGUUCCUGGCCCAGCUGAAGCUCAUGGACUACAGUCUGCUGGUGGGGAUCCACGAUGUGGAGCGAGCCGAGCAGGAAGAGGUGGAGAGCGAGGACAAUGAAGCCGAGGAGGAGGGCGAGAGUGACGGAGGGGGCAUUGGAACACCCCCUGACAGUCCCAGCAACACCCUGGACAGCAACAAGCCCCUGUCACCUGGAGAGUUUGAUCCCGCCAUUGACGUCUACGCCAUCAAAAGCAAUGAUAGUGCUCCCAGGAAGGAGGUUUACUUCAUGGCUAUCAUAGACAUCCUGCAGCAUUACGAUGCCAAGAAGAAAGCUGCCCACGCCGCCAAGACUGUCAAACAUGGGGCCGGAGCAGAGAUCUCCACGGUGAACCCAGAGCAGUACUCCAAGAGGUUUUAUGAUUUUAUCACCACUAUCCUGUCAUAGCCUUCAGGAGCAACAGGAGGGCACAGAGGCACAUGGGAAAGGGGGGGAAGGCAAGCAGGGAACAGGGCAGGGGAAGAGAAGUGAUGGAGAGAAAACCCAUCGAGAGGCUGAAUACACAAGGUGCUGUGAUGGCGUUGUAUCACUCUCCCUCAUCCCUCCCUGUUUACUUCACCCUCUUUCAGCGGGGUGCCACGCUCUGCAGCUAAAGAAAAACCCAUCAUUCGUUUACAUUUAACCUCUCCUAUGUUGAGUUUUGUUCAUGCGUUACUUUGGAUGACGAGUGUUGAAAGGAAGUGUCCAAGUCAUUACGUUUUUUUUUAAAUAGAAUUUGUUUAUUUUGUUUGUUUGUUUAUGUGGGAAUAUGGCUUUUUUUUAUUGCCUCUAAUAUAACAUCCAGCACCCUGCAGUUUUUUUAUUUUAUUUUGAUGUUUUUAUUUGUCUUUCCCUUAUAUCGUUUGGGGGGGGGGCGGUUUAGAUGUAUAUAGUGUGAGGUCAAGGGGAGUGCAGAGGUGUCUUUGCAAAGACAUGGCAGGAUGUAAAAAGGAAGUUUGCGUUGAGCCUCGCCUAAUGCAAUCGCUUCAUUUCAGGAACUAGGAAGCAGUCUUCCAAUAGGCCAACAGCCAGACCCCCCCACCCACCCAAAUGCUAUACAAGUACUCAGCCAAACAAAUCUUCCCAUUUGUGUUCCUUUUCCAUCACUUGUUCUUUGGAUGCCUCCCCCUCUCACUCCUUCGUGUACAGUUGACGAAUUGAGCUUCUGGGUUAUCCUCUUGCCACACACACAAACAAACACGUCUCAUCAGCUGAGAUGAGUUCACUUGUUGCAGUAAAUUAUAAUGCUUGUUUUCAGCACUAGUUGCGCCUCGUGGUUGUCAGCGCUUUUCCCCUUUUGCUUUGUUGUGGUGCGCAGUGUUUAAGAAUGAUUAAGGGAAGCAUGUGUUUUUAAGGGAGGAUUCGAGGACACAGCUUCUCUUAGGCGUUAUUUACUUGCAUAAACUCUGAAUCAGUUGGGCAUUGUUAUGUAGACCUGGUUUCUGUUCCUGUGGCAGGGAAUGACCCAGAAGUCCUGUGUGGUUGAUUAAGAGUCAGCCACUCCUCGUUAUAUCUUCGUAAAGGGUGUCACAUUGAAACAUCAGCAGCCCUUAACUUUCUGUUGCCAUCAGCACCUUAUGAGUAAAAUCAAAAAUGUUGCACUUUUAUUUGUUAUUAGAGGUUAGGAGAUCUUGUUCUGUUACGUGCGCUGCAACAAAGAGGAAAAAUAACUCUGCUUUCAUAGAAUUGAAUCUUUAGAGGCCCGAUCUCAAAACCUGUCUCCUCCGCCAUUUUUCACCUAUGGGUGCUUCUUAAUGUAAGGAUCGGUGGGGAAGAAUUUACUGCAAUAUUAGACGGGGAAAGAAGUUGGGUUUUGUUUACAGGGCUUAUGUAAAGUAACCUCUCCAAUCCUUGUUUUUAGAAGCGCCCCGUGGUGUUGUGGGUGGUGGGUUUUGGGACUGAGCCAACAGCGUGACCGUGCUUGCACGCUCAGGGCAGACAGAAGGCUGUUUACCUCCAGCAUCGUACCAGCACACACCCAAUGAUGGCGAACAAUGUGUGUGUGUGUGUGUGUGUCAGUGUUCAAAAGUUUUUUUUGGGGGGGGGUAGAAAGGGGAGGAGGGAAGAGUAGCUGCAGAUGUAAAGAUACGUGUUGUUACGUCAUUAACACCAACAGCAUUGUCCUCUUCUCUAACCUCAGCUGUGAGUCUGUUAUUCAUCGUUUGUGUUGUUGACAUUUUUUAAAGGUGGUUUAUCUGUGUUUGAAUUUGGCAGUUUUAUGAAUUGAUGUGGUAAUAUUUUGUUUGUUUCUGUUUGAGGUGUUGUUGUUUUUUUGUAUAUUUUGCACAUGAGGAAAGGAACCAAAUGUUACGAAUAUGAUCCCAAUUAGUUGAUUAUGGUCUUAACAAGGGAAAUGCAAUAUACUCGUAUGUAAGUGAGAAACGUUGUUGUGCGUGUGAUGUUGUGUGUAUCCCUUCUGGAUAACCAACUAAAGCAAGUAAAAGACGUCAUCCUUGACUAUUCUAACCCAUGCAAAAAGCUUCCAUCAUAAUAUGUUAGUUUAAAUUUCAUAGAUUAUAUUCACAUUUAUAUUUUUACAUUGGAUUUUAGUCAUGAAACAUAGGUGUAUUUAAAAGAAAAAACUAAACGGAGCCACCCUUAGGAAUGAAUGAUGGUGCUGUGGUAAAUGAAGAAUGAUACUGCUUGAAUUUAUACAGUGCUUACUAUAGAUGUACUUUAAAAAAAAAAGUCAUAAAAAAUUGCAUGUCACAGGACUAAGUUUCCUUUUCCCUUUGGUCUGUGUUGUUGGCUGUUCAGGUUCUCUUUGUGUCCCUACACUUUAACCAGAUUUGUGAGCUGUUCAGCGUAAAUUGGUCCCUACCAUGCUUUAAAUAAUGUGAUUUUCAUUGUAUACACUGUGCAAGAUGUGUGCCUUUAUACUCCAAAAUUAUUUAAUUUUAUAUUUUGUAACCUUUUUUUAAAACACAGGCAAAUGGUUAUUUUAAUAACAGGGUGUUUACUUUGACCUUUACAUUUCAACCCCCCUGCUCAACCUUCCUCCACUCCAGCACCUCUGUGUUUAGAUAUUAUUUUCACGUUAUUCCGUCAGUUAAACUAAACAAUUCUAAUGAUUGUGUUUUAACAGACAAAAAAGUGAAUAGCUGUCUUAAAUUUGAACACGCUGGAUCAGUUUCAAUUCUGUACAUUCAAGUCCUUCAUUCAGAUUAUUCAGUGUUUGCAGGCGUCCCUCUCCUCCUCAGAGCGAGGCGGUGUCUGCUGAUAUUAAUCCCUUGUUCGUUGACGCUGGUCCUGCCUUUAGAAAAAGGGUGCGUGCGUGGAAGUGUAUUGUGGAAUGUGUGUGUGUGUUGUGGUUGUGUUUUCUCGUGCUUGUGCUCGCUAAGUGACUGCCCCUCCCAUUCCCUCCUCAGGAGUAUGUCGGCAUCUUCAUCACAUUUACCCUCUCACAUUUCAGGAAUGUGUCUUUCUUUUCUUUUCUUUUUUUUUGUACAUUUUAUAAUAUUAUUAUUAUUUUUGUGUUUGUCCAGACUUUCACUUACAACUCCUACUCAUUUCUAAAACAGGUUUAGGUUCUCUUGCUUCCUCACCUCCAUGUUUUUAUUUUGUAUAACCCAGAACACCUGCGUGUUUUCAGGGAGGUUGUCAGCACAUCCUGAGUCAAUGUUAGAUGAUAUUUCUGUGUUCUUUCACUGUUAAUGGGCAGUUUUGUUGUAACGUAGCCCAUGCUGUACAUAGGUUGUGUCGUAAAGGAAACAAGAAAUGAGGGAACACAAUCAUCUUCGAGUGUGCUUUGCUCUCUUUGGCUUCGCUGUAGUCAGACUAAUAAGCAAGUAAUAAACAGAGCAGUGCAUGCUGGGAGAGUGAGGAUUUUUCUGUUCUGUUUCGGGGAUAUUAACUCUCCUCUGAUGAAGUCCUUGCUUUUGUGACUUUCGCUCAUGAACAAGCUCCUCCACCCACCAGUGAACUUGCUGCCACCGUUAACUUGCCAAAAGCAUCUUUGAGCAGUCAGAACUACCCCACACGAGCUUAAAGAACAUUGUGUGUCGUAUAAUGUGUCUGUUUAGGUUUUUUUCUUUCUAUGUACUGGAAGCGAGAUAUGCAUUGCUGAUAUGUGAACAAACACCCUAGCGUUCAUGUGGUUUAUCAAGUGUUAAGGGGAAUUGGAUUACAAAUGCAAAGCCAGGCGAGAUCUGCAGAGAUGGAACCUUUUCCUUUUGGCCUUGAGUUUCAAAAUCAACAAAUUUUGUGGAGGAUUUUGAAAGCAACUGAAUCCUUUUUCUUUUUUAAAUUUGCAUGCGAAAUUGAAGUCAAGAGAGGCCUGAAAACCUCCCCUCCUGCAAUUGAGCUUUGGUCUCACAACAGUCCCUAGUACUUAAAUUACUGUGUGUGUAUGUGUGAGUGUGUGUGUUUCUUUAUUGCUGUCUGACAAACAAUGGCUGGUGAGAGUUCCCUUUCAGUGGCAGAGAGGCCAAAAUGUUGAUGUAUGUUUAUUGUUCUUCACAUUUAAUGAUGACGAUGAUAAUAAUACACUCCAUUCAAUAAGCCUUCACUCAAACCAAUUAAAGCACUUGUUCUGCUUAACUCACA